CGACCCACCGACCGACGGCUGGAGCUGCAUCUGGGCCCGGUGGCGGGGACCAGGUCAGGUCAGGUUUGCGACAGAUUAUCUAACACAAUGGAUAAAUAUGACGUAAUCAGGCAGAUUGGUAAAGGAGCAUUUGGAAAAGCUUUCUUGGUUAAAGACAAAGGUCACAGCACACAGGUUGUGAUAAAAGAGAUUAAAACUGCAAAGAUGCGCCAGAAAGAAAAGGAGGCUUCCUUUAAAGAAGUGACUCUCCUGGAAAAAAUGAAACACCCCAACAUUGUAACAUUUGUGGAUUCAUUUGAAGAGAGACAAAAUCUGUACAUAGUAAUGGAAUACUGUGAUGGUGGUGACCUGAUGCAAAGAGUCAACAUGCAGCAUGGUGUUCGCUUUGACGAGGAGCAGAUUUUAGAUUGGUUUGUACAAAUCUGUCUAGGACUGAAGCACAUUCAUGACCGGAAGGUGCUACACCGGGACAUCAAGGCACAGAACAUUUUUCUUUGUAACAAUGGAAAUACGGCAAAACUUGGAGACUUUGGAAUUGCACGCAUGUUGAACAAUACUAUGGAGUUAGCACAUACGUGCAUCGGAACACCAUACUAUUUAUCUCCUGAAAUAUGUGAGAAUCGACCAUAUAAUAAUAAAACUGAUAUUUGGUCUCUUGGAUGUGUCCUGUAUGAGUUAUCCACUCUGUGUCAUCCGUUUGAGGGCAAUAAUUUGCAUCAGUUAGUGGUGAAGAUCUGCAGGGGCCACUAUGCUCCGAUACAUCCCGGAUACACCUACGACAUGAAGAUCCUGUUGGCUCAGCUGUUUAAAGUUAAUUCCCGUGAUCGACCGUCCAUCAAUUCUAUAUUAAAAAAGCGAUUCUUAGAAAAGCGUAUAGGAAGAUACCUAAGCCCUGAGCUGUUAAAGGAAGAAUUUAGCCACACGGUCAUUCACAGAAGGAAGGCACCAUCACCUAGAGCUGCUAAAGCUGUCCCAAGGCCAGCCCUGAAGAUGCAGAGAGCUAAAUGUGAGGUGAAGGACCCAGUAAGGCAACGUGUAAAUAAGAAACUGGUUCCAGCACGUUGUGGGUGGAAGCCAUUGGGAGUGGUCAACAAGCCAAAUGUCAAGCAAUUAGACAAUCGCUCACCUGUGAAGCCGCGGUCUCCGCAGGUAGAUGGACGGUACGGGCACUACCACGGUUAUCUGGAUUACUUAGAGAGGGGAAAUAAAGACCACUUAGCUUCACCAGCGCCCCAGUUCAACCACUUAAUUGAAGACUACAGGCAGAGAGCGAAUCAUGAUCCAGUCCAAUGGCAUCGGGCAGCCCACGAAGAAUACAUCCAAAGGAAGCUGGAAGCACAACAGUAUAAGAUGAAAGUGGAGAAACAAUUGGGUAUACGUCCAGCAUCGUCAGACCCCGCUGCUCAUCGAGUAUGGUAUCCAGACUCACCGGCCGGGCACCAACUUGAGAGGCAAGGACAGAGGAAAGGAGCAGACGAUGAGGAAUAUCGCCAGCAGCUUAAGGAAAUAAGGCAACAGUAUCAGUGUGAGGUGAAAGAAAUUAAAGGAAAAAUGGACGAAAAGGAGAAUCAGACAGGUAUUUCAAGUGAGACGUAUCAUGUUGACCGAGCAGCACCCAGAGACGGAGCAGCUGACCCCCAGGAGUCCAGCAGGGGCAAGGGCCCUGUGCAGGUUACUGAGAAAGAUCUGAAACAUCAUCACCCGUCAGAAAAUGGACAAAUAGAUCAUAAACACAAGGUACAGCGCGGUAUAAAGUUUGAAAUAAGGUUGGACGGUGAAUUACUUUGUGACGACUCCCAACAAAAGGAAUUGGAUACGUUCAAUAAGAGGCUGACACACGAGGAAGGCAACAAUCUUAAGCAGAAGAAAUGGCAAUUCAUCGAGGCUGGAGGUUUUCUGGAAGACCUCGCAAACAAAACUUUAGAAGUAACAUCAUCUCAAAUGGAAGCGACCUCUGCAGCUGACCAGGUUGUUGUGAUGGAAGCAGACGGUUCAACAAACAGAAAUCAAUGGGAACGGAAAGCACCGGAUACUCUGCUGAACGCACUCGUGGCUGCUCAGCUCUCAUCAGUGUGUCUCACCACCUCUGCACUUCAACUCGGUGGUUUGUCAACUCCUGUGAGGCCAACAGAAGAGAAGGUUGAUUCUGAAUCAGGUCCGGCCUCUGAUGUGGAAGUGGACACUCAACGGCUGGAGCCCAGAUCCGAUGACGAUGACACAAACUUUGAAGAAUCUGAAGAUGAACUCACAGAACAGCUCGUGGAGUCUUUGCAGGAAUUAAUAAUUCAACCAGAAGAAGCUGAUUACAGUGAUGGGAAGGGAACCACCCAAGGCGCACAUGAUGAAUGCAGAGAGGAGAGUGAGGGCCAGGCGGAGAUGCUCAAUUUCAGUGCUGAAAGCAUGCCUGAAAAAUGCUGUGAUCAAAAGAACGAGUCUGCAACUGAUUCAGUCGAGGCUUUCACAGAGCAAAUUGCAACAACUUCCUGAGAGUAACACAGAUGGCUAAUCGGGUAAGAGGGUAAUCUGCAGUCAAGGAAUUGAGUCGUUUAAAACAUUGGUCUGGAACUGAUUUUUUACAUACAAAAACAAAUUCCUUAAGCUGCUCGAACGUUUCACUUGCAGUAACCAACUGACGGACUAUCCUGUGAGGAUAUAACUAUUCUGCUUUUCCUUAGCAAGUAAACCUUGUAUAAUUAUAAUCACAGGUGAAAAACAAAGCCACAAUUUUGAGCGGUACCUUCACGUACAGGUGUGCUUGUCUGCAUCAUGUGGCAUCUCGUUUGGUCUCAGUAAAAGCUGCCGUGUAUCCUGCUCAUGAAGGAUUUCAACCCACCCGAUUAUCACUUGUAAAGGAUUAUUACAUUUAAAACAUUAAUUUUAAAACAGUUAACUGUGAAUGGAGUGAUUGGCUUCUGUUGUGGUUACUCUCCCUGUUCCCAUUGUCAUGAACCUUCAAUUCACGACCCACAACAGUAUUCAGUUUUGAACACCAUUUUCUGUUUUUAUUAUUUAUGGAUCCAAUGAGAUCUGUGGAAGGAGCUAGUACAAUAGAUAAACCUGUGCUGCAGAUGCAGCUACUUCUGACAACAGUGGCAGAAAUGACCAAUGUACAGUACCUGCCUGAGCAAAGUCCCAAUAUCACAGCAGGGACACCUAUUGUGUCAGAUGGCACUACAGUUGUGCCAGCCGAGAUACACUGAGAACGGUUCUGAGCACUCAGAACUGGGCAUACAGCAGGAGCAACAAUGUACACAUCACAAUCUGUAACAUCCUGACUUGCAUCACCUUCACCCCCUCAUGACACUGAAGUCGGGAGAUCAUUGCUGGUUCAAUGAGGAAUGGAGAAAGCCACGCUAGGACCAGUGCCAGCGGUACCUAAAGCUGAGCUGCCAACAUGGAGAAGCUACCUCACAGAAUGUACAUGCACAUUAAACAGUCAGAUCAAACUGCUCCAUCUUGCUAUUGACUGACGGUUAACCAGCUUACCAUGCCGGAGAUGCGAUUGUUUUCCGGAUCGCAUCUCCGAUUGCUCUGCGGCCUAACAUCGUGGAGCUGGAGGCCUCCUCGAACUGACUUUGAGCCCCACCGCCGGGAGUGGACUUAACAUCGCUGAUCCCUUGCCUGGCAUCGCUCCAACUGCGGCCUGCGGACUUUACAUUGUGAGCUCGCAGUCUUGGGAGAGGCCGAGUCGGGAGCUCCAACAAUGCAGAGGUUUGCCGCCCCGAUCCGGGAUCUUAUCUCGCGGCGCGGGGAAGCUGACAUCCGCCGAUGCGGGAGCUGAUCGCUCUGACGCGGAGGGCCCAAACAGUGCCGGCUCUGGGAGUCAAGAUCGUCCCGUCAAUGGAAGGCUCCAGGCCCCCUGGCCGCGG